AAAGCUGGAGGAGGACAGUCAGGGACUGGCCACUGCAUCUGCCACACUCACUACAGGACCUGGAAUUAACAGGAGGACUCCAACCCACAAAAUGACAGAAGAUAAGGUCACCAGGACCUUGGUUUUUACUGUCUUCACUGCCGUGCUGGGUUCCUUCCAGUUUGGAUAUGACAUUGGCGUGAUCAAUGCACCUCAACAGGUAAUAAUAACCCAUUAUAGACAUGUUUUGGGUGUUCCGCUUGAUGACCGAAAAGCUAUCAACAGCUAUGCUAUCAACAGUACAGAGGAGCGACCCACAAGCCCAUUCCUAAGGGUCCCAACACCAACCCCUUGGGCUGAGGAAGAGCCUGUGGCAUCUGCCAGCCUCAUCACCAUGUUCUGGUCCCUGUCUGUGUCCAGCUUUCCAGUUGGUGGAAUGAUUGCCUCAUUCUUUGGUGGGUUGCUUGGGGACCAGCUUGGAAGAAUCAAAGCCAUGUUGGUAGCAAACAUUCUCUCAUUAGUUGGAGCUCUCUUGAUGGGGUUUUCGAAAUUGGGACCAUCUCACAUUCUUAUAAUUUCAGGAAGAGGCAUAUCAGGACUCUAUUGUGGGUUAAUUUCAGGCUUGGUUCCAAUGUACAUUGGUGAAAUUGCCCCAACCACGCUCAGGGGUGCUAUUGGUGCCCUUCAUCAGCUGGCCAUUGUCACAGGCAUUCUUAUUAGUCAGAUCCUUGGCCUCGACUUUAUCCUGGGCAAUCAUGAGCUGUGGCACAUCCUGCUUGGUCUGUCUGCUGUGCCAGCUGUUUUGCAAUCUUUGCUGCUCUUCUUCUGUCCAGAAAGCCCCAGAUACCUUUACAUCAAGUUGGAUGAGGAAGCCAAAGCAAAGAAAAGCUUGAAAAGACUCAGAGGAUGUGAUGAUGUCACCAAAGACAUCACUGAGAUGAGAAAAGAAAGGGAAGAAGCAUCAAGUGAAAAGAAAGUCUCCAUAAUUCAGCUCUUCACCAAUUCCAGCUACCAACAGCCUAUUCUAGUGGCAUUGAUGCUGCACAUGGCUCAGCAAUUUUCUGGAAUCAAUGGGAUAUUUUACUACUCAACCAGCAUUUUUCAGACAGCUGGAAUCAGCCAACCUGUUUAUGCAACCAUUGGAGUUGGUGUUGUCAACACAGUUUUCACUGCUCUCUCCGUAUUCCUUGUGGAGAAGGCAGGGCGCCGCUCUCUGUUUUUAAUCGGAAUGAGUGGGAUGUUUGUUUGUGCCAUCUUCAUGUCGGUGGGACUUGUGCUACUGAAUAAAUUGGCUUGGAUGAGUUACAUGAGCAUGACAGCCAUCUUCCUCUUUGUCAGUUUUUUUGAAAUUGGACCAGGCCCCAUCCCCUGGUUCAUGGUGGCUGAGUUUUUCAGUCAAGGACCACGCCCUGCUGCUUUAGCAAUAGCUGCGUUCAGCAACUGGACCUGCAAUUUCAUUAUAGCUCUGUGUUUCCAGUACAUUGCGGACUUCUGUGGACCUUAUGUGUUUUUCCUCUUUGCUGGUAUAGUCCUGGCCUUUACUCUGUUUACAUUUUUCAAAGUUCCAGAAACCAAAGGAAAGUCCUUUGAGGAAAUCGCAGCAGAGUUCCAAAAGAAGAGUGCUUCAGCCAAAGCACCAAAAGCUGCUGUAGAAAUGGAAUUCCUUGGAGCUACAGAGACUGUGUAAAGAUAACCUGCUUUUUGACAGGUACAGAAACAGGAAAGAAGCGGUGUUUUUUAAAUGACAAUUUUUUUGAGAAUUUUAUAUCUACAUCUUGAAGUACUGUUUUAUUUUUUAAAGAGAUGUUAUAGGCUUUGAUCAGAAAUGUCAUCAAAUAUUACAAAGAAAGUAUUUUUUUAACUUCGAGAAUCUAUUUUGGGUGGUAAGACUCUAUAAUUAAGUAAACCAAAAAGUCUAGCUCAUUUUGGUACACUAAAUGGCAAGUACAUUCUAAUGUUCUUAGUGCUGUCCUUUACAACAAGAGUAUCCUGAAGUUGAAGCAGUUUCAGAGCUAUUGCUUCAUUGCACGUGACUAGAAACCUGAAGACACAACCAAUAUUUACAUAUUUAAAUACGAUUAAGUUGGAAUUUUCCUACCCACAGACCUCAUAUCAAUACUAAAGGAGAUAUGACUAGUGGCACUAAGGUCCAUGUUAAAAUUGAUAACUUUUCCAAUUUUUCCCCUCAGCUUUUUUCUUGCACAUUAGAAUUUGUGUUGUGCUUAAAAAGUUUUUUCUGUUAUUUUUCAUGUGGAAGAGUUUAUUAAGCACAUUAAAAUAUGGUUAUAAAGAAAAACUUUUAUUUUGGGUAGACUUACCAAAAUCUUCCAGUAUCUGGGGAAAAAAGAUUUUUUUUGUUACUUUGAUGACCAAAUGGUUUUUGUAAGAUUAAACACUAAAAGGUUUUACCUGGUCAUUUAGCAUGGGUUAUCAGUUAAUAUUAACAGCUAUUAUAAACCCAUGUUAAUUCCUUGCUGGUUCAAUCCUUUGAGCUAUAGUUUGUCUUGCUUUUUAAUUGAGCACAGCUUGGUUUUCUGAGCUGUGUUAUAAAAUAUACUCAAAUAGUGAUAAAUCAAACACUUUGUAUAUCUCCUCAAACUCCAAAUAAGUUAGAACAGUCUAACCUAGGAUAUUGGAAGUAAAAGAUUGCUCUGUUUGUUAAAAAAUAUUUUCUGAAUUCUUAUGUUUUAAAAUAGAGUUGAAAAGGUAAGGUUGGAAGAUCCUGAAGGCAGCCUCCUGAAAAUUCAUGAAUGUUUAAUUUCAGACUUGAUCAAUAUCCUUUUUUAAUUUUCUUGAAAAGACUUGAGUUCCCUAACACAAAACAAUCAUCCCAUUUGAUGUUUCCUUUUUUGCCUUAGCAGUAUAUGGAUGCUAUCUAAGCUGUUCUAUUGCAAUUGCUACCAUUUAUUGUACACUACCUAUGUGCCAGGCACUGUUACAAGUGCUUUUAUGUGGACAAAUUGGAAAUACACAGAUAAUUGAACAGACUUUCACUUACAGUCAAUUUUGCAACUAUGGAAAUACAGUUCUGAUGGAUACCAAAGGCUUAGCAGGGAGCUAAAAGUAUCUCCAGGCUGUUUUCCUCACAAAGUAGAGCACUGAAUCAAUCUUUUUUACAGUUGCUUUAAUGUGCAUAAAAGAAAGGCACUUUUAAAAAAGUUUUCUUUAAGAGUGGGAAAAACAAUACUGAACACCUGGUGGGGGGUUGUUUUUUUUUUCUUUUUCUUUUUCUCCUUUAUUUUUCUUUCCUUUUUUUUUUUUUUUUUUGACCAAAGGUGUUUACCUUUACGUAAUUUGACAUUCCAAACAACAUGAAAUUAUUUCUUUUCACUUUGAUUUUUGUUUCCUCUGGGCCAAUUUGGGAUAAACUACUUUCACUUAGGACUUCAGAACACAGUCAAAGUGAGCUUAAAUUGUUCAGUAGACCUUUUUGCUAAACUGUGAACUCUGUUAAAAAAAAAAAAAAAGUAGGGACUCGAAUAGGGCAGAAGCAGGAAAAUGGCUCAUCUUGCGGCUCCUGUCUUCUUCAGGAUGCUGAAGCAUCAGGAUGCUGAUGGCCUUUGAGAAGCCCAAAGCUGCACUGGUAAAGAAAUUUAACAUAUUUAUAGGCGAUGAAUGUGAUUUAUUCACAUUCUUUAAUCACUAUUCCUGACCUCAUUUAGAAUAAAGUAGUAAAGGUUUAAAUAAAGAACCCAAAAGACCCCUUUUAAGUUUUAAUUAAUUAUUCUGAUUGACCACAAAUACCAAAAAUUCAGACCCUGAAGUUUUCUGCCUCAGAGAAAUGUAAAUGGCAUACAUUGUUUCCCUUUCAUAAUUUUUUCCUUUCAGAGAUACAAGUGAGUUGAAAAGAAACAUUAAGAUGAAAUAAGAGGCUAAGACAAAGGAACUAGCUUAACAUGAUAAAAAAAAUACUCCUAGGUUUUCAACAAUAUUCAUCAUAAUAUAUAAUAAUAUCAGUACUUAUUAAUUAGAUUUAAUCCCAGGGAAAUUAGACAUGUGUUUGAAUGUUUAAUUUUCAUAGUAUGCUAUCAUUCUUGUGGAAUUAUUUUCAUACUCUAACAUCCUUACAAAUGUGAUUUUCUCUUAGCUUGCUCGGAGCAUGAUUACACUUCUUGGUCUGGCCACUCAUCAGCUGGGUCUAGUGUUGCCCACUGUCAUGACACCAAUGCAAGGAUCUUCUCUCACUUCCUUCUCCCCACUCUCCUCUACACGAUCAGCACAGUAAUGCAUGCUGAGACACAGUAAGAGAAUGCCCCUCCUCAAGGAGCUCAGUCUAUUGAGGAGUUCAGGAAGACCACGGUAUAAACAUCCCCAUCUGCAUCUUUUUCCUUCCAUGAACCUCAAACUGUAGGCCUCUUUUGUAAAGAGGGCUCAAUCAUAUACCUACCUCAGAGAGUUGUGAGGAUUAAACGUAACGUGCUAAGCAGAGUGUCUGGUACAAAGGGGGCGCUCAAUAAAUGUUACUUAGAAUUAGUAUUCAUGAAGAUACUGUUAGGAUACAGGACUGUCAUAUAUAAGAUAGUUCCAAUUUUUUGUUUUGAAUAAGAAAAAGUUUUAUAAAUUCAAGGUAAUAUUUUCUUACUUCAAGCAACAGUCUCACGAUGACAAGGGAAUGGUAAGAAUUAGGGGAGAUAUUAGGCUAUCUAAUUCUUAAACCCAUACCUGAUAUUUCUAAGUAGGUUAUAAGAGUUUCUAUUGUAUUUUUUAAACUUGCUUUUGCCUAAGUUAUUUUUUAAGAGGUCUAUAUGUAAUAUUGUUUCUUUGGCUAAUACUAAGUACAAAAUAAAAUGCUGUAUAUCAUAUUUAAAUGUAAUUUAAUAGGAUUAAAUCACAGGGCAAGACCAAACCUUGAUAAGCCUCAAAAAUUGCAAAAGUGUAUAAACCAGUAUACAUGCAUAAGCUGCUUCUUCUUGCUAGCUUAUUGUUGCAAACGUAGCAAAUAAAGCAGAGUAUUAGGCAAUAUCUUGUGCUUACAGUGUCCUAAGCAAAGGUGCUGAGUAAAGUAUAUAUAAUUUUUCAUUACAAUUCUGUAUUAGUGACCUGAAGAGAAAAGGUUUAUUGUCAACCACUCUGAGCCAUCUGCUGGUGUUUUUACUGCUUUCUAAUUGAGUGCACAUUAGAAAGAAUCAUCAUGAAAAUAAACUUGUUUUAUUAGUAUGUAUACACUACUAGUAUGUAUACACAUACAUAAACUAUAUGAAUGUAUACAUAUUUAUAGUAUGUAUACACUAUAGUUUUAUGUCAAUAAGUAUAUUUCCAAAUACUGUGUUGUUUUAUUUUAUGUAGAAAAUAACCACAUUUAAGAAAAUUGAUAUUGGUUUAUUGUAUAUACUCAUUCCCUUCUCACAGUAUCUUUCCUAUUCUCAUUUUAAAGAUAAUAUGUGAGUUACAUUUUAAACCAAAAUUUUAUUUCCAUCAAGCAGUUGUUUUGAUUAUCAGUAGUAGAAAAAACUAACCUGUAGGCUAGGUAAGAACAAUUUGAAGAGGAAUGAAUGACUCCCUUUGAUGAAAAUAGAAAUAAUUUAAUUCAGUAAAUAUUGAAUUGCACUCCUAUUAUGAACAAGACAAUUUAUUAAAGUUUUGUAAAAGAUACAAAGCUUAGAAAACAUGGUCCCUAUCCUCAUUCACCUGCAUACUCAUAAAGGGGAUAAAAUUUGAAAAAAAAUAGUUAUAGUACAAAGGAGAGAAAACGAAGAACUGUAAGUUAGUGGUUUUAAAAUUUUUAAGUUAACAUCUAAAAUUUUUCAUCAUAUGUUUAAAUAGCUGCCAAGGAUAUAAUUUUCAAAAUAUAGUAUAUAUUUACAUUUUAAAAUUGCUAUGCUCUAUUUAUUCAAUAGCAUUUAAUUACCACAGUAAUUUGUUACUCACCAUAACCAUUUAAAAUAUAUAUAUAUAAAUAUAUUUUUAUAUUUAACAGUUGGAAAAUUUACUGCAUUAUUUUCUAUUCUCAUAUUUCUGUUCCAUUUCCCCCAAAGAAUUUUAUCCUAAAGUAAUAAAUACACGUGCUUUAAAAUAUUUUUGAUGAUUCUAAGUUUCUGCAACAAAAAAUAUCUAUAAUUUGAAUUUUAAUUUUUAAAAAUGUCCUGUGUCUACAAAGGUCAAAAUGUUUAACCUCUUUUUCUUUUCUGGAUUGAGUUAGCAUUUAUGAUAAUUAGUAGCACACAACUGAUGAAAAUUAUCCAUAUUACAAAUUUUGAUAAAAUUAUUCAUUUUUUAAUUUUUUAAUUUUUUUAUUGAAGUAUAGUUGAUUUACAAUAUUGUGCCAAUCUCUGCUGUACAGCAAAGUGACUCAGUUAUAUACGUUUAUCAUUUUUAAAAUAUUUAUUUUAGAAAUUCAUCUCAGUGAGAAGUAUGGGUUUUCUUCAAAUAAUUUAAAUAUUAAUGGAUAGAUAUUUCUUAUUACUAAUGUAAAACAGUGUUCAACAUAAGUCCUAUCAUUACUUUUUGUUAUUAUAGAUGUAUUGAAAAUCUUGUUUUCAUAAAUAAGUAGAUAGGAAUGGAAAGACCAAUGUCAUUUAAUUCCAUAACUAUUUCUAAGUUAUAGCCAAAAAGCACAUAAAAAUUAAUCAUCAAAGUAAUUUUUAAUAAACUAUCAGCUAAUAACUCAA